AAGAAGAAAAAAAUCAAAAUCAAAAUUCAUUUCUCUGGUUGUUCCGUUGAAACCAUCUUAGACCUGAAACAUGUCGUUCGACGGCGGCGGUGGCGGCGCUAACACAGACGGCGCGACUAACAAGGAUUUCUUUUGCUACCAAUGUAACCGUACCGUCACCAUAACAAUCUCCCCUUCAGCUGACCCGUCUUGUCCAAUAUGCAACGAGGGAUUCCUCGAAGAAUACGAAAACCCUAGCCUUAAUCCAGGUUCCACCUUCCAAAACCCGAAUCCGAACCCAAACGAUCCCUUUUUGUCGGUAUCGGAUCCGUUUUCUUCCUUCCUCCCGCUCCUUUUCCCUUCUUCCACAGCGACUUCUUCACCAUCCCCUCCUUCAAUUGACCCUCAUAACCCUAACCUGUUCGGACCGACCCGGUCAGGCCGAGGUGUCCCAUUCGCUUUCGAUCCAUCUACUUUCAUCCAAAAUCAUCUCAACGAUCUCCGUUCAAGAGGAGCCCAAAUCGAGUUCGUGAUCCAGAAUAAUCCCUCCGAGCCUGGCUUUCGGCUUCCGGCGGACCUAGGGGAUUAUUUCAUCGGACACGGGCUCGAGCAACUGAUUCAACAGCUGGCCGAAAACGACCCUAACCGGUACGGGACCCCACCGGCAUCUAAAUCAGCCAUUGACGCGCUGCCUACGGUGAAGAUAGCGAAGAACAACCUGAAUUCGGAGUUCAACCAGUGCGCGGUUUGUAUGGAUGCGUUCGAGGAAGGGACUGAAGCGAAGCAAAUGCCCUGUAAACAUCGUUAUCACAAAGAUUGCAUAUUGCCGUGGCUGGAAAUGCACAAUUCGUGCCCCGUGUGUCGUCACGAGUUGCCUACUGAUGAUCCUGAUUAUGAGAGGAGGGUUCGUGGGGCACAGGGUACUGCUGGAGGUAUCGAUGGCAACAGUAGCGAGGGUGAUAAUGGCCAGACGUCGGGGGAUAAUCAGACGGUGGAGAGGAGUUAUAGGAUAUCGCUGCCUUGGCCGUUUCGGGCCCGUGGGUCGGGUUCAGGAUCAGGUGAUAAUGCGCAGACCAGGCAAGAAGAUUUGGAUUGAGAAAUGAGUAUAGUUAUUACAAAGGUGGAGAUCAAGGCUCUUGCAUUUUUUGCUCAGUGGAGAACUGGACAUGUUGAAUCCCUAGCUCAAGUGUUUAAGGAAGGGAGAAGUCUGAACUUGUUUUUAGCUGCCAAUAUAGAAACUAGAAUUUACAGUAAUGACAAAGGGGAGUUUUACUUACUUUUCACACAUGCAAUUUACCGCAUAUAGUCGCUAAUAACUUCCUCAAGGGGGCUUUUUCGUGUUUGACACGCUGUUAGUUUGUCUCUUCAUUAUGUAGAUGCUUGCCAUAUUGAUUUUGGAGGGUAUUAUAAGUGGUUUGUUUUCUGAACUUAAUGCUCUCAAGUAUAUAGUUAACUAGUUUUAACUGUGAAUGGCUUGGUGGCCAA